GCCGGGGCGGGAGGAACUGGGUGGUGGGGCCGCCCUGGGGCGGAAGCCAGCAGACGGGAGCGAGGGGUAAGCCCGCACCCCGCGGGCAUCCACCGGCACGGACUGCGGGCUGGUCCUGGCGGGCAUGACACCUCCGAGCUCUGCCGCCGCCUCUCCGUUCGGCUGGGGCGCGGACCGCCGCUCCCGGGGUCGGUACACCGGCAAACAGGCCUGGGGUUGCCGGUUUGCGGAGAUCGUUUUCCCUUGUAAGGAGUAGAGGUUCCUGGUGUCAGUAACCAGCAAGGUAAGAGGGGUUGGGGCAGUACGGCAGGGCGAGCGGGUGGGAGCUGGUUCUUCCCUCCAUUUUCCGGUGCUGACAAUGGUUUGGCGGCAGCCGAUAACCGAGCCCGUGCGGCUGCGGUGGGAGAUAAGCUUGAGUGUGGAACGGUUCGAAGUUGGGCAUCUGAAGAUCAACUGGGCGCUGCAGGUGUGACCCGUGCUUGGGCAGGUGGCCCGGAGGGUGCAGAGUGUUCCAGGAGUUUUCUCUUAUGGCACAAUGGAGUGAUGGAGCCAUGCUCUGCAGAGCUGGGAUGCCAUGGGAUGGGGAAGAUGUUGCAGGUGGGAGAGCAGCACAGUCAGCGAGCUGGGAGCAGGAGAGCUGCUCUAGAUCUGCCCCACUGCACCAGGAUGGUCCUGUGGCACAUCCCAGCUACCUGCUUGCUGCUGGGCACCUCUUAGGCUGAGGGUUGCCACCACUAGCUAUAAGUACGUUGGAGAUAAAUGCUAGGGAGGGAGAAGAUCUGCUUAAGCCAAGGGAUGCAAAAGCACAAACGUGCUGGCAUGAGUCUUGGGAAUGCCGCAGCUGGGAGGAGGUUCUUCUGCAGGGGCAACCAGGAAAAUCAGAGACUUUGGGGGUCAACUAGUUGCAGAGCAGUGUCCUGGUCUGCAGGGAAGGGUCACAGGGAAGGUGUCUUGCUUCCUGCUUGGUUUUUCCAUUCUUAUUUUGAAGAUGGGACUCUGGAGGCAGCCUGGAUCAAGGGAAGGGGAAUGUCUUCCCGCAUGCUGGUGCUGUCCGGCUGUAGCUGGUACUCCCGUGGCAGGCACCCAGCAGCUGCAUUCAACCCUUUUCUGGCAGGAAUUGGUAGAGCACUGAGUACUGGGUAUUGUCGUCUCUGCCAUGGGAAGUUCUCCUCCAGGAGCCUUCACAAUGCUUUCGGGAAGGUGUCAGUGAUGGGGGAGAACUCGGAGAAGCAGUGCUGUGUGGAUCAGGUCUUCUUCAUGGACUUCCAGCGGCUGGUCGGCGUGGCUGUGCGGCAGGACCCCACGCUCCCCCAGUUUGUCUGUAAGAAGUGCCAUGCCCAGUUCUACAAAUGCCAAAGCAUCCUCAGGACCUUCAUCGAGAGGGUGAACACAUCUCCCACAGAUCACGCAAAGUCCAAAGGAAAGAGCAGCAUGGUCCAGGCCCAGCUGGGAAUGGAAGGAAGUACCUCCUGCAUGGUUGACCCGAUCACAUCCAGCCUGCAGUGCCUGCACAGUCUGGUGUCAUGGACGCACAGACAUGCUGGGAGCUGCGCAUCAGUGCCCAGCCUGCAGAGCGUGCUCUCCUCUGAGUACUGUGGCAUCAUCCGUGCCAUCUGGGGCUGCAGCAGUGGCCACGACUACAUCAUGGACACAGAUUCGUACUGUAGCACGGUGCUUGUCAACAGCACCUUGUCUGUCAAGCAAGAGUGGAACAAGAACAAGAGCACAACACAGCACUUAACUGACAAUGGGGCAGAGGCAGACAAUGCCAAGGCUGUUUCUGCUCCCAAACCCCAGCAUGCUUCAGUAAGGACAGCUCCUCACCAGCAGCCUGCAAACAAGGGGACCACAUCAGUGCCACUGAACAUGAAGAAUGAGUCCCUGCAGAACAGGGAUUCAUUUCACUUGCAACUGGACAGCAUGGUCUCCCUGCAAGAGACAGCCCUGCCGCAGCCUGCGUCACCACUGAGCAGUACUACAGGACAGUUGAGUGGGAAGCAGAUUCUGUCCGCAACAUUGGAUGAGCGGGUAAAAGACGAGUUCAGUGACCUUUCUGAGGGGGACUUCUUGAGUGACGAUGGAAACGAGAAGAGAAAUGUGCAGUCUUCAGAUGACUCCUUUGAGCCUUACCCUGAGAAGAAUAUUUCUAGCAAGAAAAGCAACGUCAAAGAAGUAAAGAAGGCAGAAGAGCCCAAAACAAGGAAGAAGCCAGGUCCUAAGCCCAGCUGGAAAAAAAAGAUCAAGUGUGAGAGGGAGGAGCUGCCGACCAUUUACAAGUGUCCUUACCAGGGCUGCACAGCUGUCUACAGAGGGGCCGACGGCAUGAAGAAACACAUCAAAGAGCAUCAUGAAGAGGUACGGGAGAGGCCCUGUCCUCAUCCUGGUUGCAACAAGGUGUUCAUGAUUGACCGGUACCUACAGCGGCACGUGAAGCUCAUUCAUACAGAGGUACGUAAUUAUAUCUGUGAUGAAUGUGGGCAGACCUUUAAGCAACGCAAACACCUCUCAGUCCAUCAGAUGCGGCACUCAGGAGCAAAGCCCCUUCAGUGUGAGAUUUGUGGUUUCCAGUGCAGGCAGCGAGCAUCACUCAAGUACCACAUGACCAAACACAAAGCUGAGACAGAGCUGGAGUUUGCCUGUGACCAGUGUGGGAAGCGCUUUGAGAAGGCCCAUAACCUUAAUGUCCACAUGUCCAUGGUGCACCCUCUCAUCCAGGUUCGGGACAAAGCUAAGCCACUGGAGCCAGAGCCUAUUCUCCUCCUGAAUACUUCAGGGACUUCAGAAAGCCAGAUGGUAAAGCCAGAAGUGACUGCACAGCAGGAGCACACCUGAGGGGGAUGGGGAAGCUUUCCCAGUCCAGCCCUGUAGAAACCAUAUGGCAGAGCAGUGGCUUUUAAUCUAUGUUUUAGUCUCCCAGAGAACUCAGUGAAAUUAGCUUCAGCUUGCUCAGAAAAAGCUUGUCCUCAUGCUGUGAUUAUCCAUGCCCAUGUCUGAUUCAGCAGUGUUCUACUGAGCAUCUGUCUAACCCCAGGGGAAUGGAUGUUCAGCAGCAUCCCUUCAUAGUCUCCUUUCUCCCCAUGC